AAUCCACAGUGUUGCCAACAAAUUAAAUGUAAAUGUAAACAAUGCCAAACACCGAUUCCUCGUCAAUUUCCCGGGCACAUUUAAAACUCAAUGUAUUAACUAUUAGGUUAUGUAUCGAUAUUUUUUAGAUGCAGCAUAUCACAAGUUAUAAUAGGACUAUCACAGUUUAAAGUAAACGUUUAAAAUAUAUAACUGUAUUACUCUAUUAGUGAAAGAAUCCAGCCUCCAAAAUAUGUGAUAAUGGUUGUUUAAUAGUUGACUUAAACUUAUGUUUAUUUAUGAUACUUUUACGGAGUAAAUUUAUUAUGUGCUUCUAUUGAACAAUUUAUUACAAUCCAUUAAAUUAUUGAAAAUGAUUCGAUUAAACGUUUCUCUAAUACGUGAUGAAAACGUUCUUAACAAUUUAUUUGAGAAAAAUAUUUAUACAGUGAACGACUUCCUUCAAAAAAAAACUUCCAAUUUACAAAGCAUUUGCAAAUUACAAUGCAAGGAAAUAACAAAACUAAAAGAUUGUAUGACAGUUAAGUGUUCAUCUCCACUUGUGAAUGGAUACGAGCUUUAUUUAAAUAGAACUGUAUCAAGUUUUAUUCAGACUGGAAUCAUAAAACUAGAUAAUAUACUUGAUGGAGGAUUAUUUGCCGGUAACAUUUAUGAACUAUGUGGCCCAUCUGCUUGUGGAAAGACUCAAAUAUGUUUUAGCAUUCUAUUAAAUUUAAUAAUAUCUACAAAAAAAGAUAUAGUGUACAUAGAUACUAAAAAUAAAUUUUCAGUGAACAGAAUUAAACAAAUGUUAAAAAACAAAUGUAAGACAAAUAAUGAAAUCAAAGAUAUAUUAAACAAAAUUCAUGUAUACUCAAUUUUAAACAUAUACAAUUUAAUAACUUGCUUGCAUUGUCUCAAAGAAAAAUCGGAACCUAUAAUAAUAAUUGACUCUCUACCAGCACUUUACCUAUCAUUUAUAGGAUUUGAUAAGAAUGAUGGUUUAAGUUAUAUAAAUCAUAUAUGUUCAGUUUUAAAGUAUUUAUGCAAUAAAAAUGCAACAAUUAUGGUAACAAAUUUAGCUGUUAAAAAUUGUGAUUUUACUAAUAAUUUCAAGCCUGCUAUUGGAAAAUAUUGGUUUCAUAUACCCAACACAAGAUUAAUGAUUACACCAAUAAUAAACCAACAACACCAACAACAGAUAUGUAUAAAUAUUACAAAAAGUGUAUACAUACCCUUAAAUGAAAAAUUGAUAUUAAACAUUGAUGAUUUUGGAGUUUCAUAA